AUGCGCCCAGCAAAUAAGCGAAAAUCGCUGACAAAAGAGGAAUUGCGUCGUCGACUCAUCGAAUCCCGACAGACUUAUAGCACCCGCCCACCGCCAUCAGCUAGACCGGAGCCACGUGUCUCAAUGGCACCGCUUCUCGGAGCCGCCCGUCCGAAACCUCCAGAUGUGCCACGUCGGAUUCAGAAGACGUCAAGUUUCCAGAGAAAAGUCGACGAAUUCGACGAUGAAUUCCGUGUGGAUCAGUCGUCGAUGGCGAUGAUAGAAUCGGGAAAUGUGGUGAUUCCGGCGAGAAAUCAAACGAAUUAUUUGUCAUCGGCGGGAAGACCGUCUUUAUUUGGGACGGCUCGGCCACGGAACACUAUUGGAGGAGGGAGGGCGCAGCUAAUGCAGCCGGCUAGAUUUAGAGCCUCUAUCGCUGUAAAUGAGCCACGCGAAUCGCUUUUCCCACUCGGAAUCAACAUUUUCUCGGCCAGUGAAUCACAGAGAUCAGAGGUGGAAGGAUUUCUGAAAGAGCGAAUCGAGGCGGCGACACCGGCGAAAAAGGGCGGCGGAGCGACGAUGGAUCCGAUGAAAUCGCAGAGAGUGCGAUUCAAAGAGGAGACGCCGACGAAAGGGGCGGAGUCUGAUGAGAAGAAGGAGAACGUUUCAGAUGACGUCAGUGCUGGAAAUGCCACGUCAUCAUCGUCGAUUCUGAUGUCGCCGACGACGAUUCGGGCGGCGAGGAAGAAAGCCCAUGGCUACGCGGCGACACCAAUUCCAGCGAAUCCACGUCGUCGGAUCGAUUUUGAUGUGGAUUUGACGAUGGAUGAGUCAAAGACGGUGACUUCGAUGGACAAGGAGAAUGAUGAGAAGUGUAUUCAGAAGAAGAUCGCCACGCUUCAGAAAAUCAUCCAAGAACUCGCCACCACCACCUCAUCACUCUCCCCCACCGAUUGGAAGUCGGUCGAGUCGAUUCAAGAGCAACUCGGCUCACUUUUAGCCAGCAGAAAACCAGUCGAAGUGCCGAAGAAGCCAGCUCUUGGACCAAUUUGUGAGGAUGAAGACGAGGAGGAAACGGAGCAAAUUUUGGAGCAAAAAAUGGAGAAAUUGGUGUUCAAAGAGCCGGCGCUACCUCUCCACUCGUCGACUGUGCACAAUCUUCAAACCAACUAA